AUGCAUGGUCAUGGAGGCUAUGACUCUGAUUUUAGUGAUGAUGAACAUGGUGGAGAAUCUAACAAAAGGAAAAAAAGGACAGUUGAAGAUGAUUUACUGCUCAAAAAGCCAUUUCAGAAAGAAAAACAUGGAAAAGUGGCCCAUAAACAAGUUGCAGCAGAAUUGCUGGAUAGGGAAGAAGCAAGAAAUAGAAGAUUUCACCUUAUAGCUAUGGAUGCUUAUCAAAGGCACACAAAAUUUGUAAAUGACUAUAUUUUAUACUAUGGUGGCAAAAAAGAAGAUUUCAGGCGAUUGGGGGAAAAUGACAAGACAGACAUGGAUGUUAUACGAGAAAAUCAUAGAUUCUUAUGGAAUGAGGAGGAUGAAAUGGACAUGAAUUGGGAAAAGAAACUUGCAAAGAAAUACUAUGAUAAAUUAUUCAAGGAAUACUGCAUAGCAGAUCUCAGUAGAUACAAAGAAAAUAAGUUUGGAUUUAGGUGGCGAGUAGAAAAAGAAGUAAUUUCAGGAAAAGGCCAGUUUUUCUGUGGAAAUAAAUGUUGUGAUACAAAAGAUGACUUGAAGAGUUGGGAAGUUAAUUUUGGUUAUAUUGAGCAUGGUGAAAAGAGAAAUGCACUUGUUAAAUUAAGAUUAUGUCAAGAAUGUUCCUUUAAAUUAAAUUUUCAUCACAGGAGAAAAGAAGUUAAGUCAAAAAAAAGAAAGGAUAAAACCAAAAAAGAUUGUGAAGAGUCAUCGCGUAAAAAAUCCAGAUUAUCUUCUGCAGAAGAGACCUCUAAGAAAAAGGAAAAAGGGCAUUCAUCCUCAAAGAAAUCAGAAAAUUCUAUAAACAGAAAUUCUGAUGAAGAAGAAGGUACUUCAGAAUCUGAACUUUGGAAGGGCCCCCUACCAGAAACAGAUGAAAAAUCACAAGAAGAAGAAUUUGAUGACUAUUUCCAAGAUUUAUUUCUGUGAGAUGGAAGAGAGAAGGCCACAUUCCUUACUGUGAAAGUACACUUUGAAACUCUUCACAAAAAUUUUAUCUACAAGUUGCAGCUUGAAUGGUUUAUCUUCAGAAAUAAAAAUCCAACUACUCUCAA